CAAAAUAGGUGCUUGUGCUGUGCAGUGUAAUUUCGGCUGGAGCUUUUUCUUUCCGGCCAGCUGGAAGUGAGAUGUUUGUUUUAGCUUGUAGCUUAUAACCCGUGGAAGCUAAAUAAGGAGAAGCUCCAGCCUAACCAAAGGAACCUCCGUCUGUGUCUUCUGCUUUCGCUUCGCUUCCAUUUCAAAAUUUUGGGGGUUUUCUCCCCAUUCCCUCCUGCCCCAAGCGCACUCGCUAGUCGCUACGAUUCGCUUCAGCUCCCGUCCCAUGGCCGCCGCCGCAUCUGCGCCGCUCCAGCACGCGCCUAGAGCACCCGGCAGCUUCCUCUUCUGAGCAUCCCCCGCCGCGACCUCCCGCGCAGCCGCCGCCUUCUCCAGCUCCGAAACCCUAGUGUCCGCCUGUCCGGCGAGAUGCCGGUGGGCCCCACCUCCUCCCGCGCCGCCGCUGAUGGAGAGGAGGGAUAACUUCCUUCGCCCCCCAGCCGCGGACAACACACCCACCGCCGGCAAGAGCAUCACGUUCCCCAACGCCGGAGACACGGCCACCACCAACCUGACCUCGUCCUCGGGAUCCUCUUCCUCCCUAACGCUAUCCCCUCCGGACUUCCUGCGCCAGGUCCAUGCAGCCUGUAAGCGGCAGAGGCCUCCCAGUUCGCAGACCAUGCCCCCAAGAGCAGGCCGUGUCCUGGUGGCCCGAGGUGAGGGGCCAACAAAAGCAGGUGCCAGCCCUUCUGUUUCACAGAAUCCGGAAGGAAAUGCUAUGCAGAAGCAGAGUGGCGCGCGGGGGCCCUCCAGGUUGCGAAAUGCAGUGCCUGAUCAAAAGAAUGUUAAGGCCGCUGUUGUCCUGCUGGCAUCAAAUCGAAAUGAGUCGUUGACUACGCCUUCGGUGUUGAGUACUAUCACAUAUACCCAUAUUCAGAAUGCUAGUCAAAAUGCCCAGCAGAAGGGUGAAAUCGGUCUGUUGGUGGAUCGCAAGAAGUCAUCGCUAGACGUUUCUUCAUCUGAGAUGAUAUCUCAAAAUGCAUUGACAGCAGGAGAUAAUUUUCCCAUGGCUGAAGUAGCACAUGACCAAGGCAGGAAACAUCAGGAGCCUCAGAUAGCUGAUGCAGCAGUUGAGAUGGAUGUCAAGUAUGAUGCAGCUAAUUUGCCACAGAGAGGGGUUGAAGAGGCAUGUAAUCAGAAUCAUGGAGAGCCAAUGACCCGUUGCUCUGUCAUUGGUUCUUCUGUUACUGCUGUGUCACUACAUUCGGGGCAAAAUGUACGAGUUCUUCAGAGUAACCAAUGCCCUUCACCAAUGCAGAUGCCUGAGUAUACGGUGGAAUCAUCUGCAGUUAUAUCAGGUCUUGCUCCUCCGAAACAGCAGGUUCCUAAUCUUGCCAAUGAUGUCUCUAACAAAGCUGUCUGUGGCAAUCAAGAUUCCUUGCCAUCCCAAGGCCAAGCAUUAUCUGCAAAUGACCAAUCUACAUCUGCCAGGGAUGUUGGUACUUCACAAGCUAGCAGGGGUCAGAAGGAGCGUCGAAAAAACAAUUAUGAUCCUGAAUUUUUCUUUAAGGUGAAUGGGAAACUUUAUCAAAAGCUUGGUAAAAUAGGAUCCGGGGGGAGCAGUGAAGUUCACAAAGUUAUAUCAAUGGAGCGUGCGAUAUAUGCCCUGAAAAAGAUCAAGCUCAAAGGUCGUGACUAUCCUACUGCUUAUGGUUUUUGCCAAGAAAUUGAAUACCUAAAUAAGUUGAAAGGAAAGAGUAAUAUCAUCCAGCUAAUUGAUUACGAGGUCACUGAUAAAAAUUUACUUAAAGAAGGUUCUGUCUCACCUCGGGAUGGAAGAAUUAAGGAUGACCGAUAUAUUUACAUGGUCCUUGAGUACGGGGAAAUCGACUUAGCACAUAUGGUUGCCCAGAAGUGGAAGGAGAGAAACAACUCAAAUAUGAAGAUAGAUGAAAAUUGGCUGCGCUUUUAUUGGCAGCAAAUGCUUGAAGCAGUCAAUACAAUACAUGAGGAACGGAUCGUGCACUCUGAUCUGAAGCCUGCCAAUUUUAUGCUCGUGAGGGGAUCACUGAAAUUAAUUGACUUUGGCAUUGCCAAAGCUAUAAUGAAUGAUACGACAAACAUUCAACGCGACUCUCAGGUAGGAACACUUAACUACAUGUCACCCGAAGCAUUCAUGUGCAAUGAGCAAGAUUCAGGUGGGAACAUUGUCAAGUGUGGACGUCCAUCCGAUAUUUGGUCUCUUGGUUGUAUUCUUUAUCAGAUGGUGUAUGGUAAGACACCAUUUGCGGAUUACAAGACUUUCUGGGCCAAAUUCAAAGCUGUUACAGAUAGGAACCACAAGAUCAAUUAUGAACCCGUAGACAAUCCGUGGCUUAUUGAUUUGAUGCAAAGGUGCCUUGCCUGGGACCGAGAUGAACGGUGGAGAAUACCCCAAUUGCUUCAACACCCAUUUCUUGUUCCCCUAGUGGCUGGUGAGUUGCCUCGCAUUGACCGUGAUCCAUGCAAUAUGCUGAUGGAGAGGGUCAGGGUUCACUGGGCAAAUCCCGAUGUGUCUAGACUUUGUUCUGAGCUUCAUGAUGUGAUUGCAAAGCUUGAGGAGGAUCAAUGCAGUCCCACCACUACAAUAUAGUAUAGUGUAGCAUUGCUAAUAUGUGGAGGUGUGAUGCACAUGUUCAAAGCGGACAAGAUUAAGGCUGACCAUGACUAAUGUCAUCGCUCAUCAUCAUGAUUAUGGAAAUUGUCUACUAGAGGAUUCUUUGUAUGCUUCAUCGCUCAUCAUCUGAGGUUACUUUUGUUUAUCCCCAAAACCACCAGAAAUCAGGGGAACUUUCAUGACAAGAGAUCUCCUUCAUAGGAUUCUUGGUGCUACGUCAGGAUUCAGGAACUAGUAUCUGACUGCCCCAGCUCGGUCGCAGCGCUACUUUAAUCUGUCUGUUUGGUUCUUUUGAAUUUAGGUGAUCAUGUCUAUUGUAAUUUGUAAAUAGCACCUGCAUGAGGUUGAGUUGCAGGGAGCAUUUUUUGGUAGUGCUCUGGGCAUUCUUGGUGUCCGGGCAUUCGGAAGCUGAUGAGGUAUCAUGUCAGAACUGGCAACUGACUGAUGUUAGAAUUGAAGAUAUUUAGCUGUAUGUUCGGUGUAGGAACCACUCCAAGCCAUAGUUUGGUCCAUUAGUAAUUUGUCUUUCGGUUGAGUUCUUUCUCUUUUUUUUCUGAUCAUACUGUAUGAAUACUCCAAUUCUGAUUGUUGCAUAGGAUUCUCGUGCAGGUGCUAACUUCCUGA